GAGGCAAGAAAGUAGCAGAAAGUGAGGCUGGCAGGCGGCGGCGGCGGCGGCAGGAAGUCUGUGCCCGAGCCGAGCAGAAAUUAGAGCCAGGGAGGGCCGGCGGCGGCGAGGGAGAGCGAAAGAGGAAACUGCAGAAGAGGAAGCUCUGCGGCAGCCCGGAGCCGCCCGGCAUCCCCGCGCCCGGCUUCCCCGCGCCGCGCUCCCCGCGCCACCGGCGCCCCCUCCCCAGCGCGCCCCCGGCCGCCCCGCCGCGCCGCGCCGCCGCCCGCUCGCCGGCCAUGGCCCGGGAGAACGGCGAAAGCAGCUCCUCCUGGAAAAAGCAAGCGGAAGACAUCAAGAAGAUCUUCGAGUUCAAGGAGACCCUCGGAACCGGGGCCUUUUCUGAAGUGGUUUUAGCUGAAGAGAAAGCAACUGGAAAGCUCUUCGCGGUGAAGUGCAUCCCCAAGAAGGCGCUGAAGGGCAAAGAGAGCAGUAUAGAGAACGAGAUCGCCGUGCUGAGAAAGAUUAAGCAUGAGAACAUCGUGGCCCUGGAAGACAUUUAUGAAAGCCCCAAUCACCUGUAUUUGGUCAUGCAGCUUGUAUCCGGUGGAGAGCUAUUCGAUCGGAUAGUGGAGAAGGGAUUUUACACCGAGAAAGACGCGAGCACUCUGAUCCGGCAGGUCUUGGAUGCCGUGUACUAUCUCCACAGGAUGGGCAUCGUCCACAGGGAUCUCAAGCCUGAAAAUCUGUUGUACUACAGUCAAGAUGAGGAGUCCAAAAUAAUGAUCAGUGACUUUGGAUUGUCAAAAAUGGAAGGCAAAGGAGACGUGAUGUCCACGGCCUGUGGAACCCCAGGCUAUGUUGCUCCUGAAGUUCUUGCCCAGAAGCCUUACAGCAAAGCCGUUGACUGCUGGUCCAUUGGAGUGAUUGCCUAUAUCCUGCUCUGCGGCUACCCUCCUUUUUAUGAUGAAAAUGACUCCAAGCUCUUUGAACAGAUCCUCAAAGCAGAAUAUGAGUUUGACUCCCCCUAUUGGGAUGACAUCUCUGACUCUGCAAAAGACUUCAUUCGGAAUCUGAUGGAAAAAGACCCAAAUAAAAGAUACACCUGUGAGCAGGCAGCUCGGCAUCCCUGGAUCGCCGGUGACACAGCCCUCAACAAGAACAUCCAUGAGUCCGUCAGUGCCCAGAUCCGGAAGAACUUUGCAAAAAGCAAAUGGAGACAAGCAUUUAAUGCCACCGCUGUGGUAAGACAUAUGAGGAGACUACACCUCGGCAGCAGCCUGGAUAGUUCAAGUGCAAGUGUCUCCAGCAGCCUCAGCUUGGCCAGUCAAAAAGAUUGCCUGGCACCUUCCACGCUGUGUAGUUUUAUUUCCUCUUCAUCAGGGGUCUCAGGAGUUGGAGCUGAGCGGAGACCCAGGCCCACCACUGUGACAACAGUGCACACCGGAAGCAAGUGACCCGCUCUGGAGGUGGGACCCAGGGGGCAGGGCCGGGGAAGGGGAGCCCCAGAGCACCAGGCCGGAACCACUCCAUUGUUGGAGACCCCACCCUGCAUGGUGCACUUACCUGCUUAGGACUGGAAGACAGAAGGUUUUUUAUGGCCAUAUUUUAUACUGCAAUUCUGAAGUGUUCAUUUCUCACAAACUGUACAGACUCAAGGGGAGCUGGUGCUGUAUAUAAGAAUCUCGAAACAGAAUGGACCUUCUUAUUCCUCUCCCCCAACUCCGUCAUUUCCACCUUUCUCAGCAUAGGCAGCCAUCUAGGGUGUAUUUUUUUUUUCAUGAAAAACAAAACAAAAAAAAAGGUUUCAACUGGAUUAUUUAAAUAUUGGUAAAUAUUGUGCAUUAGGAUUCUCUUUUCUUUUGGAGGUUAUGUCUUUUGAUCUGUAUCUUUCAGUUCCAUGAUCUGUAUUUUUGCUCUUCAUUAGUAGUUUUAUGUUAACCUUUAAGAGAGUUUUUUUUCUUCCUCCAUGGGGAAUUUAAAGGUAUUUUUAAAAAUUUGAAUGAGAGGAUCAAGAAUCCAUCUCCAAGGCUAAGAAUGCACUUUCUUUCUGUCCUAUGUCUUUGUUUCUAUAGGAAGACAGCUUAGUUCUGUGGGGCUAUCUUCUCUCCAGGAAACUCUAGGGGGGGAAACUUCAGAAAACCUUUCUAGCAUCUCCUCCAGCAAUCCCCCCACCACAGCAGAAAUGAAGCCCGCUCCCCUGAGACCCAAAGGCUCCACUUCACAGGCAACCCUUACUCUGUGACUGACAGUCCCACAAUGUCAUGAUUUAGGAGCCGCCAUUACAGAGGAAAUGGCUGCCAUUUUGUUUAAGGACAUACUUUAAGCAGCCCUCAUUUCUCAUGAGGGAUGACGGUCAAAAACUCUGACCUUAGCUAUGCACUUUUAAAAUUAAUCUCGUCCUCUGAGUUUUUAUUUUUAAUGAAUUUCUAAUCUUAUACUUAAAAUGGCCUCUAACACACACAGGUUGUUUUGCGACUUUUUUUUUUAAAUACUAUUCUCUUACGAAUGUUACACAAGAGAGGGAAAGGAAAUAGCUUUGAAGAAGACACCAUUUAUUUAGAGUGGUAAAGAAAACUGACCCAUCAAGUGAAAAGAACACUGACCACCACUAGAGAUGGCUCAGCUGGUACAUGAAGCUAUCUCUCAUUAGACAAAGCCAAAAAUCAAAAACCUGUGGUGGUAGGGUCAUGAAAUGCCCCAAGUUGCCAGGAACUAAUGGAUUCUCCAGUAUGUGGGACUUUUGUUGGUGCCUACAAACUACACCAUGUAACUCACAUGGUGGUUGGGUGUUAGGAGGGUGCAAGUGUAAUGUGCAACUCAGGGGAAACAUACGCCAAGGUAGAGCCUGUAGAGCCAGACAGGUGGCUCUGGGUGCCAGCUUUGCAAAAGUCCUCCAUCAGCCCUCAUGCCUUUCUAUUAUCCUGAGGUUCAGUUCUGUAGGGGUCCAAGUAGAUGUGUCUGAUAACCAGUGACCAUUCUGGCUGCUGUCCUCAGGCCCUUCUAUAGAUGGCCAGACAUGGAGAGUCCAGUCAAGCAAGUCACCUUUGUCAUUCCCCAACUUUUGCCUGUGAUAGGUGAUGGUUCUUUCUAACACACAUACACAUAUACCACACCACACACACACACACACACACACACACACACACACACACACACACACACACACCACCCCCACACAGUGUGUGGUAAGACUUGGCAUCCCCAGGCUACCUCCCUAAGGACACAGGGCCAGGGCCAGAUAUAUAAGAAUACAGAAAAGUCAGACAAGUGAUCAACCUGUUCCCACAUACAUCACAGAUAGGGUGAUGAUACGAGGUCCUCCUGGAGUCCUGAAGCCUGAUAUUGGGGUAGGGUAAAGAGAGCAGGAGCUGGGAGUGAGCAGAGCAUGCUUAGGUAAAGUUCAUUUUUAUCUACAAUAGCCUUAAGGGAACUGGGGCUGCUAGAUUAGAGAAAUAACAACCCCAGGGCUCAUGUUUGCAACAGGUUGGUAUUCAUCACCUUCUUCUGCCCCUAGUUCCAUAGGCAAAUCCAAAAGGGAAAAUACACCUUGUUUAAUCUCUUUUUAAAAGAAAAAAAUUCUGUGGAGAAACCAUGUCCCUCCUACCUUCCCCCUUCCCUCCCAAAAGCUGGUAUAGUUUCCUGUUCUUGAUUCUAAAAAUCUCACCUCAAGGCCAGGCAUGGUGGUACAUAUAAUCUCAACUGUAUGUCCAGCUACCCAGGAGGCAGAGAUGGGACAAUCGCAGGCUGAGGCUCCCAGACCAAAGCACUAGACUUCCUUGAAAAAUAAAUGAAAGCAAAAAAGGAUGGGAAGCAUGGCUCAAAUGAUAAGAGACUUGCCUAGCAAAUGUGAAGCCCUGGGUUCAGUCACUACUACUAGUUAAAUAGGUAUACAUCAAAUCUCACUUCAAGAACAGGGCACGGCAUCAUGUGACUUUAGGAAGGGUGUCAGUCUCCAACUAGCUCUUAGCAUCGUAUCUGGGAAACUCAGCAGUUACACAUAGGACAGAAGAAGAUGCUCAUGGUUGAACAGUAGAAAACAUUAGCAGUCUGCUGAAAGGAAUUUGGCAUCCAGACUCAGUUUACCUCUCCCACAUGAGCCUCAUACUGUUCAUUUGUUCAUCAUAGUGUCCAGCAUGGGCUGGAUGGUGGAUGGUGGAUGGGAGAGGGGAAUUCCCUUCAGAGUCAAAGCCAUCAUAGAUACAGAAACACAGAGAGAUGAUUCCCUGUUAAAAGGAUUUUCCUCAUGGAAAAUCAGGCUUAACCUAAUCAACCUGUGGAAACUUGAGGUUUUAUGAACAAAGCUUUGGCUAGAAUUGAUCCUUUAUACUAGCAAAAGCAUACCUGUGCCACUACUCUGGGACUAAAGGCAGGAGAUAUGAGAAAGGAAGGCAUGGACCAGCAAAGGGAAGCUCCUCCCAUUUUUUCAUUAAAAAAAAAAACAAAACAGAUUUCCCAGGUUGGCCCAGUCAUUCCUGGCAAAUGAAACUCGGGCCCUGCGAUCUAAUCAGUGCACGAGCGCUUUGCAUGUCAUACUAACCAAGUACUUCCUCCCUCUCCUGUCUCCUCCCUGCAGAGUUGGCCUUCUUACCACAUUCCAGACCAAACACUGUUUCGUUUGUUUCCAAAAGG